UUUGCCGCAGUCGUUCCUGACUUCUUGACGUCGCACUUUCGCACAUCCGUGAAAUUUGUUUACUGUGCUGAUCUCAGGAUGGGGAAAGUAAUGCAAACAGCGGUCUGCAUAAAUCUCAUGAAACUACUACUUAUGGUUUUCAACAUCAUCUUUGGGGUGACUGGAAUCGUUCUACUUAUUCUUGGAGUCUGGAUGAAGGUGUCCCUCUACCAUGUCCUGAAUUUAUCAACUGACUACAACCAGCACAUGCCUCUGGUGUUUAUCGGCACCGGCAUCAUUGUUCUCCUGGUCUCCAUCGUCGCCUGCGUGGGGACUGUGAAGGGCCAAUCCGUGCUGCUUUAUAUCUUUGGCGUAAUCCUGGUCGGCGUAUUCCUCCUGGAGAUGACUGCGGGUGUGAUGGGAUACAUGUACAUCCGCCAAGUGAAGGAAGGCAUCCAGAAAGGGAUGAACUCUUCCAUCUCUCACUAUGGCUCGGGCGGAAUGGCGGACGAGAACGUCGACUUUGUUCAAAAGAGUCUCAAGUGCUGUGGUCUAUUGAAUUUUAAAGACUGGGAGCAGGUGGAGUACUACGUUCGUACCGAAGGGUUACUACCAAGCAGCUGCUGCGAAAAUUCAAAUUCCGCUUGCAAUGUUAACAACCCCAAUCUUCACCCCGAGGGCUGCUACAACAAGAUUAUUGGCUUUUUGGAUAAGAACUUGAAUGCCAUUGCUGGAGGAGCUGUCGGCUUUGCAUUCUUUCAGCUUUUUGGCGUGGUCCUUUCAUUCUGCCUUGCAGCAAACAUCAACAAGGCAAAGUAUGAACGUGUUUAGUGAGAGAGGUCAGGUUUUACAACAGAGGACGUCUUUCUACGGUCACAUUUAUUGCUUUGAACUGCGGUCAGAAAGGUUCUCUUGCAACGUACCAGCUAGACGCCCAGCAGUUCCUCGCGUCACAAACUGUAACCACAUCUUGGUUUUGCUGUGUCAGCACUUAUGAGGUACUCGCUUUUUGCCGUACGUGGUUAGGAUUUUGUGACAUUCUUUUACACCAGUGCUGUUGGCAUAAAAUUUUCAGAAUUAUUAUAUAUUGCACGCAUUGGUGCCAGAGCUAUGUACUGAUGAGAAGAAAGUGUGGGUGAUUGUUUUCUGUUUAAAACAUGUCCAAAACCUGCCAAGAAAAUGUCAGCCUUGUUCCCCAUUGAACAUACAGCAUUUAUGGUAAGUGUAGCAUUUAGAGAGUUUGAAGGACAGCUCUGGUAAAAAAUAAUUAAGGAAUUGCCAAACUGCCUUUCCAUUGGAUACCACUUAAAAACAUGCAGCAGGAAUCAUUUUUAUUAAUGUUGUUCAAAGGAAGUAUUCCAAGAAUGCGAUGGGGAGUUCUACAUUCCAAUAAGGGAUCUAAGCAGCACAAUAUCUUGACCCAAUAUUGGCUGGGUAUCGGCAAUACUGCACCAAUAUCGGACCAGUAUUGCCAAUAUUGGGCCAAGAUGUCGUGUGUGGCAUCUUGUUUGCUCAUGAUUACGAAGGAACGUGUUGUUCAUUCCUGUCCAUAAAUGGUUUCUAUAUUCGCUGUAUAUGAAGAGUUAUUGAUUUCUUUACCGAAUAUGAACUUGAGUUCUUCCUUGAACAUCCAUGAUUCUAUGAUUCUGAUCUCUACAUUUCUUCAGGAAGAACAUUACCAGUGCUGUUGGAAUAUCAGAGCAAAAAUUCGUGGUGGUGACAAUACAACACGAUGCAUGCUGAGGAAAAAAAUUACAAGUAGGGAAGACAUGACAUCUGCGUGUUCCUCCUGUUUGUUUUAUUUUAUUUGGUCUGGUUUGUUUCGUUUUAUUUUUAUUUUGUAUAUUUGUUUAGCUAAAUGUAACUAACUAAAGUUAACAUGCUAUAGUUCAAAUGGGAUGCGACACUAUGCUUCCAGAAUCGUGCUGUUUGCAUUCGUUUACUUGUCUGGCGGAUCAGGUGUUUCCUUCAGAUUCUGUUUGCUUCAACUGUCUCCGCCUCAAAUUUUCAAAAGGCGGAUUUUACUCAUAUUAAUCCGAAUAUUUGCGGGAAGCCCGGAGCUGUCCUUCAAAAUCAAUCAUUCUCCUUGUGUUUACGAAACAAAGUGGAAGAAGAAUGCAUAUGUGAAACAUUCUUAUAUGGAUGGCAUGUCCAUUAGCAUACUGAACUUCUUGGCUUCUAGCCAGAAAUAUAAAUAUCGUAAUCAAAUCGCUAAAACGGUGCUAAAAACAAAUAGGAACGACACAGGACGGAACCUCCCAGCGGUCCGAAGAAUACCUUUCAGGCAGUGGCGUAUCUAGAGCUACCUGCGCCCAUGGCAACCAAUGAGUCUGCGCCCCUGUCCAGGCACAUAUCGAGGACACAGUUGGUCAUGUUUUGUAAAUAAUAAUAAUAAUAAUAAUAAUUUAUUUAUUUCCACAUAGCAUAACAUGUGGCGGGAACUGUGAAAAAAAGUCACCUUGGUGACUUGACGAGCUCACAGCUCCCGUGAAAAGAAAACAAUUGGCAUUUACAUACAAGAAUUGCGAAUACACUUCCGCGAUGUAUAGACAGGAUCAAAAAAAACAUACUUUAAUGAAGUCCACAUGAAUCAAAUACUUUAAUGAAGUCCACAUAACUACUACACAUGCAAAUGGCCCACUAAUGUCACAUGAUAGCCUUUCUGGCUUUUGCUGCUGCAAAUUUGUGGAUAAUGUCACUGAAAUCGAUUUUUUCUGUUUCUUCUCCUUCAACACUUAGGACAGCAAGGUCGGAAAGCCUGUCCUGGCCCAUUGAUGCUCUUAAAUACGAAACUAUCCGCUUGCUAAGUAUAAGCUUGCUAAGCUUGCUUGUAAAGUAUAAGCUUGCUAAGCUUUCUUGUAAAGUAUAAGCUUGCUAAAUGACCGCUCACAACUGGCAAUUCAAACCGCGAUCGUAAGCAUUAUCUGGACCGCAACCCGAAGGUUCGGGAAGACAUUCUCAUCUCCAUAGUGAACAAUAAAUUCAAGAAGCUUUUCGGGUCUCGAUAUUUUGUUUUCUGUGCGCCUCGCGAGCAACGUUCUGCAGUCCAAAAUUUCUUCGUAGAGCUCGUUGCCGUCAACAUCGGAAGUGUAAAAUUUGCCGAAAUCGCCCCUACACCUUUACACCUGCCCCAGCCCGACACACGGGUUCAGGUCGACCCUCUUGUUGGUCCGCCCGAUACGAACUCCUCUUUUCGUCGGGUCGAUUUUCUUGCUCAGAUAUCUCUCUCAAAGUCCCACUGCUGCGAUCGGCUUGCUACCUAAACAUCCUCAAAUGCUGCUGUCACGUCUCGAGUGGGAUCUCCCUUUUGUUUAGGCUGCUUUGGUCUCCGCCGUGACAGUCGCUCACUGAGCUGGUUCGGUUUGCUCACGGUGCCCCGUUCUCGUCAAAUACGUCACGCGCCCAGUUUAGCUACCUCGUGGUUAACAUGAUGUCAUUGGGGAUGCGUUUUCGUGUGGUCCGCACUACGUUUCACACUACAACCUCUCUAAUGGCGGGUGCUUUAGAUCAUUUAUGAAUGUGCCAGGUUGAGUGCCCGACCUGGCACAUUCACACCCGACCACAUAAUGGCGCCCCUGUUCACCUGGCGCCCAUGGCACCUGUCCACACCUGCCACACCCUAGAUACGCCACUGCUUUCAGGUCCUGUGACCACGUUCCUUUUCUGAUGUGGAGCACUUAUUUGUUUUUAGCACUGUUUCAGCGACUUUAUUGUGUGUGACAAACAGGCCCAAAUUGGUACUUUAUUAAUAGAAAUAUCAUUCACGUAACUUCACCAGUGACAGGACAAUUUGAAGUAACAAUAAUAGAGAAUUUUAGUAUACCGCUACCGUGACGUUAUCAACAGUAUACUGAAACUCUCAUCACGGGACAACUAGGACAAUUUGAAGUGCGGAGUACUAGUCUUCAGUACAGAUCCUAACAAAAGUUUACGGAACACCGGGGUGUCGCAUUUUUCCAUAGGAGCGACAGCCUUGCAGAGAACGGAAGCAAAUACACUUCCAUGCACCUCUCAGUAACUGUGUCCACUCAACUUGCUGCUAAGGUGGCGCUCCGAUCAAGAAAUGCGUCGCCAUGGCGUUCCGUAAACUUUUGUCGGGUUCUGUACCUGCUAUGUACAUUUAUACAGCCUCGGAUCUCGAAAUAAGCUUGUUUUGUGAUUUUUGCUAUACCGAUUGAAUCUCUUAUCAUUCACACAAAUAAGUUGUGUUUUUGCAGAGAGAGCUCACACUUCAUAUACAAGGCUUUUGCUGUAAUACAUUUUGUUGACUCUCACGUUAUAUCUUGAGAUUAGCACUGAAGUGCGUUUCAUCUUUUGUGUGCGGAAUAUGUCUUUGUUGCAUUAUGCUUAUAUGCUUAGUAUUGCAUUUAUAUUUAGAGAAUGAAGGAUAGUGUUGUUUUAUUUAGUCUAUACAGUGAUGUCUCGCUUCUCCGGAUGCCUAAAUUUCCAGAUAAGUGAAUCAUGUGCAGGGACCUGUGCAGUUUAUUAGUUUUUUUUCUGCAGAAAAAGAAAAAACUAGGAGAUAUCGACUUCUUUUACGCAUUAUUUUUCCAAUUUCUUUAGAGUUUAGUGUUUUUCCAGAACGUCGUAGAUUGUGGAGCUUCCGACAUCGACGCCCAGUGCUUCUUUAGCCCAGGCCCGAAGGCAAGAAAUACAUUCACGUGGUCUGGAUGGCCGACAGAUGCCAUUGUCCGAAUAACCAGAUAAAAAUCCAAUCCGAUCAGAGUUUUUUUUAGUAACGGAUAAGCGAGGCAUGACUGUAGCUGCUUAAAAAAAUACUAUGCUGUGCUGAGUGGACUGGAUUGCUUCUCUGGUUCUAGACAGAUUUUCAUGACACCUGUGACCAAAGAUAUUGCGAGUGAUCUGAAUAUAUAAGUCUUUCACGUGUGACGUUUGGCUUUUAAGAAAUGCUGUGAUGAAACAGAGUGUUGUGCUACGAACACAUAUUUUUCUCUAUCCCUCUGUGUCGUACAAAGUCUGCUACCCGUUUCAGUCUAUUUCAUGGUAGCUAGAUAGUGCCAGCUUCUGUUGCAUGUGAACUUAGCCUGUGUAACAGGAACUUUUAUUGCUGACCUAUUGCUAUUAGAUUUGGUUGUGAAACUCAAGAGAAUGUCUUCGCGUCUAAGAUAAUCUAACAUUGCAGUGUUAUUAAAGCGGCACUCAGGUGCAAAAAUUUCUCCUGGACGAAUGCAAGGUGCUGUAAUGACACCAGGAACAGGAUUCAAGUGCUGCAUCGUUCAUGAUUUAUGAAUGAAAGAAACUAUAACUUAUGCUUUCCUUUUCUCUUCCUCCUUCUCAAGGAGCGCCACAAUGCGAAUAGCCCUCGGAUUGGUUUCCUCACACAAUCUCCCAAUCUGAUCCCGAUCCGAUCCGAUUGGAUAAGUCGUUUGAGGAGACCAAUGGGAGCCCGCUCUGCAUUAUCGGCCUUCCUGAGAAGGAGAGGCAGAGGGAAAGUGUAAAUUGGCCAUUUCUUUCACUGAUAAGUCACGAACGACAUCACUGAUGAAUCCAGUUCCUUCUUUGUUGGUGGCAAGUUAACUGGAUCAUUCACUUCAUGAUGAGAAAUUUUUUCUCUUUUGGUGCCCCUUUAAAACAACUAUCCAUAUGCAGCAAGUUUUGCUACUAUGGUAAAAAAAAAGCAUGGUUCCUGUGAGCCUACUCACAUUUCCAUGAAUACAUGUUGAAAUAAGACACCACUGAAAGAGAUUGACUGUGAAAUUUGAAAAGUAUGAAAAUUUGAUGCAGAUUAUUCAAACUAUUUAGGCUGGUAACUACAGAAACAUCAGUUUCACAGCUAAUCAAGUAAAAUCAAUUUGAUUUCCAUGAUGAAAACCCGAGAGUAGGGGAACAUAAAUAAAAACAUGCACACCAACACAGUUUGUUUGCAUCUUUUCAAUUAUUUUUCCUCUAGUCUCUGGUUUUCUUCACGGAUAUCUGCGCCACCAGCUUGCUUGCGUUUUAUCUACUUUAGCAUUUGAUUUCCAACUGAUUCAAAGGCAGAAAACGAGAUUAUUCAUUUCGAACUGAAACAGGAUACUUGUACAGCCUGCCCAUGAUGUACGCGUAGGAACAUUUGCACACGACUAUCAUUUAAUAGUUUUGUGUGUUUUCAGUGUGUUCACAUUUUUGAAGAUGUUGCUUGUACAACUGUGUGAAAUAAAAUGUGACGAGCCGCCACAAAGCUAUUUGCA